UACCCGCAUCGCCCCUUCUACCGCCACCCCUCCGUGCCCUCUUUAGUAAGGUAGGCUCUUCCUCAAUCCUCAUCCCUCCCCCUUCCCCAUUCCAUCUGGGCUGAACUGGCCCGGGCUACCUUACGAGCAAAAACUCUCUACUAGUUCUACUACCUAGUGCCUCUGUGCUUCUCAACCUCUACCAAUUCUUUCCCAUGAAGCGGGAAGCUGUGGCUCUGUCAUCUCUGUCUUCCCCAUCUCCAAUUGCACUGCUUUCCCCAUCUGCUUCUUGGCUUCACACACGCUUACACGCCUCUCCUCUUCUAACUUCACCCCUCCUCGAACGCCACUUAACCCACUGUCUGGCCCGGUCGUUUCCUUCUCGCCUUACCCGUCGCUCACCCGGACUCGACUCUCAACUCGUCCUGUCUUCUCUCUCUCACAACAGCCUCGGUGUAGUGUAUGACAGUCCCCUCGCUCAUGAGCACUGCCAUCUCGGCCUCUUCCUCGUGGUAUCCGUAAAAGGGCGACACAUACACUACGGCAAUAACGGACGCAAAGCGGCGAAGUGGUUGCCGCCUACAUCCCGGAGCUCUCCUCAAGUCGGCCAACGGCGCAAUCUUGGAACCCACCUCCAGUGCUCCAGCACCUCAUCGACAGCUCCCCCGACCUCGAAACUGUGGGCAUUAUCCUGCGCAAUCUACUCUACUUCAUCCCGAGCUCGCAUUCGUCCUAGCAGCAUUGGAAUCGCAACUCAUAGAGUAUCGAUCUAUCAGUCCUGCCAGCGUACAGCAGCAACCCCUGCGUCGGCGCCCCGAAGUUCAGGAAUUUCAUUGAGCCACACAUUGCACGCUCUCCUUCCUGAGCAGGGUUAACUGCCACAUAUACCCUUGGGCGCUCGGAAGCGUGACUUUCCAGAGGGAACCCCCCCCUUUCCUUCAAAGGCUGUGCAAACUAGCCACAUUGGCCACAACGUGGGCUUUCACUCAUCUACCGCAAAUAGCUCAAUCUUGUUGUGGCGCCUAGAAUCAU